CGGUUCACAGCUAGGUAAAAUAACAUGACAGUUGAUGACAAAGACAAAUGAUGACAGUUGAAACUAACCUCAAUAAUUCAAAUUCAAAAUAUUUUUUAACGUUUUUAUUUUGAUGGAUGACGAAGUUGGUGUUAAACAAUGCAUAGAACGUAUGAUAGAGUUGAGAAAAAUAGCCCCUCCUUUAAUUUACGAAACACAUAAUAGGAUAUACAGACAUUAUGUGGAAAACUUGAGAAAACUCAAAAUAGAUUUGACGAAUUCGGACAUAAAAAAAUGUGAAAUACCUAACGAUGUUAUAGAGAAACUUGAAGAAUUGAAAAAUCAUAGUGAUUAUGGAGAUAACAAGAAGAUGUAUGAGCAGAUGAAAUUACUUGAUAUUUUAAGAUCAAAGAACUGUGCCAUUAAUAAAAUUAUUGAUGAAAUUUAUUCUGGUAUUUUCUUUAUCUUACUUAAGUGAUUUUUUUUAAUUUCC